GUUAACCUGACAGUUGUGUAUGGGGUGUACGUAGUGAAUGUUUUAUUAAAUUUUGGUGUUAAUCAAAAGUAAAAUGCCAGUUUAUGUAGUGAAAUAAUACAACAAUAAAUAGCUGGGAUCACAUAAUAUCAAUAAGUAUAGUAAAAUUUCGAAAUUUCAACAUAACAUAACGCACGCCUGCUCCAACAAAAACCAAGAACAGGAUGGAUAAGUGCGUAGUCGGUUUAAGCCACAAUUUAAAAAAAAAAAAGUUACUGUGACGAGAUUUUCGAUUUUCGUCUGUGUUGUGAUUGUGGAAAUAUUUUAAAAACGACUGUACUUUCGAUUUUAUUUGUUUAAUUUUAUAUGACUGCUCAAAUAAAAGUAUACUAGUAUUUCUUUCAUCUUAUUUACAAGGAUCAAGAGUGUACAUAAAGUGUUCGAAAGAAUUACAAAUUUUUACUUGUGACAUUUAGUUGCCGUCCUCGUUACUCAUGCAAAUGGAUGAUUCUGUGAUUUCUCCUGGUACUAAAAUGGCAGACUCAGCUUCUGAAAGUGACUCGAGCUCUCUUGAUGGUGGAGCAAUGCUUCCUCCAAGUACGAUUUCUCGUGAUCAGCUGCAAAAAAGGAUUGAAUCUCUGCAACAACAAAAUAGAGUGCUUAAGGUUGAAGUUGACACAUAUAAGCUUCGCGUAAAAGCUCUUCAAGAAGAGAAUCGUGCUUUGAGACAAGCUUCAGUUUCCAUACAAGCUAAAGCUGAACAGGAAGAAGAAUAUAUAUCAAAUACAUUACUGAAGAAGAUUCAAGCUUUGAAAAAGGAGAAAGAAACAUUAGCUCACCAUUAUGAGAGAGAGGAAGAAUGUCUUACUAAUGACCUUUCCAGAAAACUGAAUCAGUUACGUCAAGAAAAAUGUCGUCUGGAGCAGACACUAGAACAGGAGCAAGAGUGCUUAGUUAACAAACUAAUGAGGAAAAUUGAAAAACUUGAAGCUGAAACUCUUGCAAAGCAAACCAAUUUGGAAAGACUUCGUAGAGAAAAGGUUGAAUUGGAAAAUACUUUAGAGCAAGAACAAGAAGCCCUUGUGAAUAGACUUUGGAAAAGGAUGGACAAACUUGAGGCAGAGAAAAGAUCUUUACAAAUAAGGCUAGAUCAGCCAGUUUCGGACCCUGCAAGUCCUAGGGAUAUAAGUAAUGGUGACACUGCCUCGAACCUCAGCAAUCAUAUCCAAACACUGCGUUCGGAAGUUGUCAAGUUAAGGAAUCAAUUGGCGGUAUCACAAAAUGAGAACAAAGAGAAAAUGCAUCGUUUCGCCUUGGAAGAGAAGCACAUCAGGGAAGAGAAUCUACGUUUACAACGGAAACUGCAGCAAGAAGUGGAACGUCGCGAGGCUCUGUGUCGACACCUUUCCGAGAGCGAGUCUUCUCUGGAAAUGGAGGAGGAGAGGCAGUUUAAUGAAGCGCUCAGUGCGCGGUCACGUAGCGUAUCGUCGCCGGGUGGGUCGAGGCCGCUAUCACCUUACGCUCCGCCGUUGUUACCUAACGCGGGCGGGAUGCGUACCGCCCUCCAUCUCAAUUCACAGUCGUGGCGGACCGAUCGUUUCGUAAAGCCGGCCGUGCCAGGGGCGGGUGGGGCGCUGCUGCGGGGCCCGCAGAUGGAGGCCCCCGCGCCUCCGGGGCCCCAGCCCGCGGCUAUGCCCGCGCCUCUAGCGCCCGCCGCUGCUGCCCCUGCCCCCGCGUCGCCGCAACCCACCAGCCCUUGGUACACAUCGAUUCAAAACAGAAAACUUCGUAAAAAUCCUCCCAAAAACUAUAUUUUCUCGCCACGCAGCCAAAACACGCAGUGAUACAUACGCACCCGCCGGCCUCAUGCGACACGGCUGAACAUCGAGCGAAUGGCGCUGUGUUAGGGUACGGCCAGAGUGCACUCAGAUUCAGAUUCAGAUUCCGAAAACAAGCGCGAGAAAUAAACAGUGUAGUUUAAGCAGGUUGCCUGCUUUUUCUCGCGCUUGUUUUGAGUGCACUCUGGCC